AUGUCUUCUUCAGCAGAGGAUCAAGCCAGAAAAGCAAAGCUUGCUGCUGCCAAGAAAAGACUCAAGAAGUUCCAAAGCAAAAAGGAGGAGCAAAGCGAAAUAGAGGUACCAUCUACCAGUACAGCCACCACAGAGGACUAUGCUGUUAGCACACCUCCAUUAGCCAACGAUUCCAACAAGGACGAAGAUGAUACGACAUCUGCUACAGCUGAUAAUGCAGAGACAGCCUCCACAACAACGACGAUUCACAACACAGAUGCCAAUGAUUUGCAAGCACAGAUUAACAAGCUGAAAUCAGAAAAAGAAGCAAUGGAAUUGGCCAGUGCAACUACACAAUCUGCAUUAAAAGAAGAGUAUCGCAUGAAAGCAGCCGACCUUGAACAAACAUUAGCCGCCUUGAGAAAGGAGCUUGAAUCCAGUCAAACCGAGAUGAACUCUAUCAAGACAUUCAGUAAAAAGGAGCUCGAUGACGAGAGGCAGAAGGUGAAGGAACUGAACAGCAAACUAUCCGACCUGACUCAAUCCAAGGAGAAGCUGGGCAGUGAUCAUCAAAGUGAGAUGAAUUCCAUCAAACAGCGCUUACAGUCUAAAGUGGAUGAUUUGCAAUCUCAGGUGGAUCAGCUGAGACAGGAAAAACAGGAUGCUCUGAAAAAGCAGCAGGAUGAAGCGAACGAAAAGGCAAAAUCUCUGGAAAAACUGCAUAGUGAAGAGCGAGCAAAGGCAGAAGAGUAUCAAUUCCAAUUAGCAAAACUGGAGCAAACAUCACAAUCCGCUAUCCAAGAGCUGCAAUCGACCAUUGAUGCCAUUUCCAAAGAGAAAGAUGGCCUCAAGGCUCAAUUGGUGGAUUUCAAAACGGCUGAGGAAGCCUCCACUGCAUCUGUUCAGAGCGAGAUCCAGGCAGAGCGCACCAAAGCAACUGAAUUACAAUCUAAAUUGGAGGCACUCGAGACAUCCAAAGCUAAAGAAGUACAGGCUGAACGAGAUGCUGCCAAUGAGCUCCAAUCCAGACUUGACAAACUGCAAGAUUCGGCACAGAAGGAGUUGUCCGCCUCUCAAAGCGAGUUGGCCAAGGAACAUGCUGCAUUGAAAGAAUUGACAUCCAAGCUGGCAUCUUUGGAGAAGACUGAAAAGGAAGGAAAGAAGAAAUACACGGAUAUCGAAAAGGAACUGUCAUUGGUCCAAAAGCAGUUACAAUCAGAACGCUCAAAGGCAGAUGCGUACCAAGCCAAAUUACAAGAGCUGGAUGACCUCAAGAAAAAGGAUACUGAGUUAUACACAUCGUCCACUGCUAAAUUAGAAGCUGAAAUAGCUGAAAUCAAGGCUGAACUGGAGGCUGCACGCUCAAGGGCUGAUGAAUUGCAAUCCAAGGUGCAUGACAUGGAUGUGCUCAAGGAGAAAUUGAGUGAGCACAAAAUGUCCGCUGCCAACAUUGAAGAGAAACUGUCAAAUACAAAACAAGAAUUGCAGAAUGAACGCGCAAAGACAGAUGAAUUACAGAGCAAGCUUGAAAACCUCGACAUUAUGAAACAAAAGGAUGCUGAUAGCCAUACUGACAACAUCAAAAAACUAGAGGCCGAGAUGAGCACUCUCAAACAAGAACUUCAAGCUGAAUGCACCAAAGCCGAUGAUUUACAAGCACAACUGGCUGAAUUGGAUAUAUUGAAGAAGCAGCUUGAUGAGCACAAGCAAACAGCAACUCGUCUCGAAAUUGACUUGAGCGCUUCGCAAUCCAAAUCAAGUGAAUUGCAAAAGAGUUUGGACGAACUAAACUCUUGGAAAUCAGAAAAGACGGCUGAACAUGCAUCCUUUGUAAGCACACUUGAGCAGACACUAGAGACGACAAAGCAGGAACUCCAAGAACACCGCGCAAAGGCAGAUGCACUUCAAUUAGAAUUUGAUCAACACAAAUCGAACAGUACAACCACUGAAAGUGAGCUAUCAGACACCAAGCAGCAACUAGUGGAUGAACGCACCAAAGCCAACGAAUUGCAAGCCAAACUCGAAGAUCUUGAAGCAUCCAAAAAGAAUGAAGCAGAGUCAUUUGCUGCCAAUUCUCGUACUCUCGAAGAAAAGCUGUUUGAACAAGAAAAACUGCUGGCAUCUGAGCGCACGGAAUCAGAGCAAAUACUCCUUGCCAAAGCAUCUGAAAUUGAGCAACUGACAUCCACCAAGGUUGAAUUGGAGACUCAACUUGCAUCAGCCAAGCAAGAGAUCGACUCUGAGCAAUCCAAAGCUAGUAAACUACAAGUACACAUUGAAAGCUUACAGGCUGAAAAGGAGAAGGAUACUGCUGAAUUGUCCAAGAUCAAGGACAAGUUGGUUGAAUCAGAGCAAUCCGUUGCCAUGCAAGAUCAGAAGCUGAAAUCAUUGACGUCUGAAUUGGACACAUUGAGCAAGGCGAAAAAGGACUUGGAGGCAGAAUUGUCUACGUUAAAGGAGGACCUGUCUUCUGUCAAAGAGGAACUGACAUCAGAGCGUGCAACAUCUCAAGAUCUGGAGAAUCAACUAAAGGACCUUACAGCAUUAAAAGAUAAGGAAAUUGAAAAGCAUGCAUCUUCGCUGUCCAAGGUGAAGGAAUCUCUCAAGACGGAACGCAGCAAAGUCAAGGAAUUAGAGCAACAGUUGAAGGCAGCGACCACCUUGCAAACAGAGACUGCGACACAACUAGAGGAAUUGAAGGCUCAAUUAGACGCUGAACAUGCCAAAUCAAGCAAAGUGCAGGAUGAAAAGGCCAAACUUGAGCAGGAGCUCGAAGAGCACAAAUCGACACUUGCGUCAGAGCAAGGCAAAUUUGCUGAAUUGGAAGGCAAGUUAAAGAAGGCUGAAAAUCUGCUGAUAGAAAAGAAGAGCACCAUCAAAACACUGAGAGGUUCCAUCACCAAAGAGCAAGACGAAAAGGUUAAGCUCAAGGAAAAUAUCCAAGCUUUACAAAUGUCCAAGGAGGAAUUGCAGACCAGCCUGGAAGCAGAACAAGCGAAACUCAAGGAUUUGCAAUCGACAUCUGACGAGAUUGAAAAGGCAAUUGAGGAUGAACGCAACAAGGCUGUGGCAUUACAAAAUCAAGUAGCGGAUCUUGAGAAACUCAAAGAGACACACAUCACUGAACAAUCGAGUCUUCAAGAGGAACUAUCUACGCUGAAAUCUCAACUAAAAGAAGAACGUGAUAAGGCAGACAAGUUGCAAGGUAAACUCGAGGAUUUGAACAUGUUGAAGCAGCGAGACAUGGAGGAGUUUGAGGCAUCGACAGCUAAGCUCGAGGAAAGCAUGUCUGCUGUCAAAACAGAGCUAGAAUCUGAACGAACCAAGGCAGAUGAGCUUCAGCUUCGCAUUGAAGAGUUGGAAGCACUCAAGCAACAACAACUGGAAGAGCACCAAAGCGCGACAUUCACUAUGCAAGAUGAACUAUCCGCCAUCAAGGCACAUUUGCAAACAGAACGUUCUAAAGCAGACGAAUUGCAGAGCAAGCUCGAGAACCUGGACAUGAUGAAGCAAAAGGACAUUGAAACACACGCCGCUCAUGUCACCGAGCUGAAUGACAAGAUGGCCAGCAUCAAGGAGGAGCUUCAACUAGAACGAGCCAACGCCGAUCAGUAUCAGCUUCAGAUUUCAGAGCUUGAAUUGCUAACGACGCAACAUGCCAAUGAAGUGCAAGAGAAAUCUAUGGCUUUGGAAAAUGCAACUGCAGAAUCAGCUUCUCAUCGUGGAAGAUCGGAGCAAUUGGAGGAGGAAUUGGCUGACAUCAAGAAGCAAUUGAAGGAAAAGGAAAACGCACAUACCAGAGCACUGAAAUCUAAGGCAGCUGAGCUUGAGAAAUCACAGCAGAGCCUUGACAACCUCCAAAAGGACCUCAGCAGCAAAGAUCAACAACUCAAAGAGAUCACAGAUAAGCUUGCUACUCGUGAAAAGGAGGUAACCGAAUUUGAAAAGGUUGUUCCUAUUCUGAAGCGUGAAAUUGAAGAAUCCAAGGCUGCCAAGCAACAAUUAAUUGAAAAAGAAGCCGAGCUGAAUCAAGUGAACGCAACGAUCGCAAGCAUGACACGCGAAAAGAAAGAUCUAGAGACCAAGAUCGCGUCCAUGGCAGAUGAGUUGACUCAAGUCAAGAAUGAUCUACAAGAGCGUGAAGAGCAAAUUGCAACCAACGCUGGCAAAUUUGACCAGUUCAAGCAACAGCAAGAACGUCAUGCAGAAGAUCUCGCCGCGCUUCAAGCACAAUCCGACGACAAGCUCAGGAAUGAACAAAACGAAGCCAACCAGCUACGUGAACAAUUGGAGGCAUUGAAUGAGAAGCUCAAGGAACAAAGCACCUCGUAUGAGAGCCUGCGAUCUGAAUCUACACGUCUAGAGGAACAGAUCAAGGACUUGGAGUUAUUACAAGGCCAAUUGUCUGAAGUACAGGAACAGGCAGAUCAACAAAAAUUGCAAAUUGAAGACUACCAAAAGCAGAUUCAACAGGAAGCAAGCGCGAAAAAGAAGGUGGAAGCUGAUCAAGGAGCAUUACAAGAGCAGCUAAAGGAACAGGGUCAACUCAAGAGCAAGCUUUUAGAAACCGAAAAACUGCUCCAUGAAGCCACUACCAAGUAUGAUCAAGAGCGAGCAUUGUUAGAGGAAGCCAACAAGAGAAGCACAGUCUUGGUCGAAAACCAAGCGCGAGAGAUGGCAGAUCUCAACAAGUUGUUGGAGGACUACAAGUCGCAAGUCAACAAAAUCUCCAAGGAAAUGGCAGAAACCAAGCAGCGUCAUGAAUCUGAUAGUGCUAGCAAAGCGGAUAAUGCCAUCAAGUUACAGCUUCGCAUUGAUGAACUCGAAUCAUUAUUAGAAGCUAAGUCCAGGGCACUGGAGGAAGCUCAAAAAGAAGACUUGAAGAAAGUCUCUACCAAUAACGACAGUACUGAAUUACAAACGAGAUUGGAAUCACUCGAAACAGAGCUCGCAGAGCGUGAAAAGGAGACAAAGAAGCUUCGUGGCCAACUAAAGCUGGUGAAGAACCAAAGCAAUGUUCAACUCAAAAAGACUGAGUCUGUGUUGAAGGCUAAGGAGAAUGAACUCGAGGAAUACCGCAAAAAGGUGGAAAGCGAUGCCAAUCUAGCAACACGAGAGAUCGAUACUGCCAACCCAAAGUCUUCCAAUGAACGUAAAGCCGAAAUUCAAGUCAAUGAGCUCAAGCGACAAUUACAAACACGCGACAAGAAGGUAGAACAAUUGCAUCAACAGGUCAAUGGAUUACUGGCUGUUGAAAAGGAAUUUCAUCGCUUGAAGGAGGAUUUAGAGACCAGAGAACGAAAGGUAUCUGAAUUGGAAGCAGCUUUGGAGAAGAGCAAGCGUGAGGCAACCGAGGAUAACCAAGACAAGCAACUGACACCAUCUGAAAGCGAGCUCAAAAUCAAGGAACUUCGUGAACGCGUGCGUGCAUUGGAAGCUCAAGUAGCCGACACACCCGAAACAGCUGAACUCAAGAGUCGCUUAGAAAGACAAUUUGAAGCAUUCAACACUUUGCGACAGGAAAUUUCUACACAACGCGAACGACAAUUUGACUCGGAAUCCAAGCUUGAAAAGGACAAAUCCACAAUUGAACGUGAAAAGAAGGAACUGGAAAUGACAGUACAGCGGUUGAGGAAUGAAUAUGAACAACACUUGGAAAAGAUGUGGAGACAGUAUGAAGAGAUGAAGGAACAUCAUGAGGGUGAUUUGUAUUUGGGUCGUGCUGCACUAGAUGCUGCUCAAGUCAAGUUGAUGAUGAAUGGUCAUAGUCCUGUCAGUGAAAAUGGAUUUGAGUGGUCCAAUACAGAUGAUGAAGCGGAAGCAGAAGCAGAAGAGGAUGCUGCUGUGCCUAGGAAGCAUAUCCCUGCCGUAGGAAAACUGCCUCCAUUAGAAAAGCCUAAAUUCUCUGCAUUUUUAGAUGUUCCUCGAUGUGAUAGUUGUAGUGCUGAAGUGUUUGAGAUUUAA